GCACAGAUCACUUCAACUCCCAUAGUCUCUUGACGCGACGGUCCGCGCCAGAACGGGAUCUCUAGAUCAUUCCCUCGUCAUGGAUGACGGGCUUGAGCCUGUGCUCGACCUCUCCGAUGUCGUUCAUGACGAUCCUCUCGGCUCGGACGACGAAGCGCUCAGUCAUUCCUCGCCUCCCACUUCAGUCACCAUGCACGACCACAUACCCUUCCCCGACCCCCACACCGAGGACUGCCUCUCAUUGCAGCACCUAUUAGCUCAAUCCGACUCCACUUUAGAGCUCCUCGAGCGUGAGCUCACCAACCUCUUUCAACAGAAUGCCUCUGCUGCAUCCGUAGCCCUCCUCAGCGCCACUGCUCAACAACGCCAGUCCCUCCUUGACUUGGGCAUUCACAACACCACAGAGUCUGCCGUACGCAAUGACACCAUCCUCACCCCGGACUCUGUUCAUGGACAUGGUGAUAGCGCAGAUGAGCUGUCCUCGAUUGGGGGCUUGAACAUCCCAGAGCUCGCCGCAAUGCUCCAGGCCGCUCAUGCUCAGGAGCAGGAGCGUCAGGCCGCCGAAAGCAAGGACAGACAAUCCACCAUGUCUCACGAACACCAGAGGCAGCCGACCCGCAAUGCUCCUGCUUUUCACUCCCUCACCGCCAGUGACGAUGCAGAAGAUGCAUAUUCGCAUGUCCCGCCCCCAAGGAGAGACAGUACAUCUACCCCUGACCUCGACCUGCUCUAUCCCAGAGAGCAUCUCUCCGAGGACGGGAACACACCGUCAUCGUCUCACUCACACGAACCGGAUCUGCAUGCACAGCGAAGUACGGAUGCACCAGACGGAUUUGGCGACAUCAAUGACAUGCUCCUCAAGCAUCUCUCCAGCCAAUUCGAAGAGGAUGACGUUCUUGCCACCCAUUCCCAUCAUCACCCGCAAUCAUCCUCGAGUGAUCCUGCUACCGCCCUAUCACCCAUCGAGACCUCCCACUCAUCACCCAUUCAACCACACUCUUCGCCUCCGCCCUCUAGCUCUCCUAUUCCAGAACAGCCACUGGAGCCCAUCGCUUCCACCUCCCGCCUCCCCAUACCGACUGUACCACCGCCUCCUUACCGUCCACCAGGGCUCGCCCGAACCUUUCGUCGCCCAGUAACUUCCGAUGAAGAUAGCGCGCCUCCUGUAAUCGAGGUUCUGCCCUUUGACAAAGACGCGCCACCGGAAAAGGAGAAAGAGAAGCCCGCAAAUGUGCAUACAUGCCCGGAGACUGGGUGCGGCAAAUCAUUCACUCGUCGGAGCGACCUUGGGCGACAUAUGCGCAUACAUACGGGCGAACGGCCGUUCAUGUGCGGACACAGUGGGUGCGGGAAGACGUUUAUUCAGCGUUCGGCACUGCAUGUUCAUCAGCGAGUGCACACCGGCGAGAAACCGCACAGCUGCGAAUAUCCCGCGUGUGGCAAAACGUUCGGUGACUCGAGCAGUCUCGCGAGACACCGACGGACGCAUACCGGCAAGAGGCCCUACAAAUGCGAAGAUCCGGAGUGCGAGAAGACGUUUACCAGGCGGACCACGCUCACGCAGCACAUGCGGACGCAUGAUCCGGGCUGGGAGCCCGAUCCUAGCCUAAAAUACAACUUCCGAGCGAAGAAGGCCAGGCUCGCAGCAGGAGACGACAUCGAUGUUGACCUCGAAGCUUCGGUGCGGACGAUAUCCGCCCUCUUUUCUGCAUCCUCGCCGUCGGAUUACCGAACCUGUCACUCGCACGCUCAGCGGGCGAAUGGUGGAGUGCCCUUACAGCCGCGAUAUUCCGUCCGCGACCGCCACGAGGAGGAUCCGGUGCUCGAGGCGCGCGUGGCGAGUAUCAGCGCCGAGAUCGCGGCUGCGAUCGCACAAGCGUCAGCGCGGGUCGUGCAUGAGCAUUCAGACGACGAGGACGACGAGGACGGGGACGGGGACGGAAGUGGGGUUGAAGGGAGUGAAAACGAAGAUAUGGAUAGUUGGGACGAAGGGCUUCGACAGGUGCGGGCAAAGGUGCAGACGAGUGGUAUCCGGGGCGAGGUGGGCCAGAGGCUCGGUGACCGGGGAGUUGUCUCUGGUGGGGGCUCGCGCAGCGUGAAUGCUGUCGGAGAUGGGGGCGGUGAUGACGAGGACGAGGACGACGAAGACGAGGAUGAGGACAGCGAUACUUUUCCUAUUCCUCUUCGCACUCGGAAAGGGAAGGAGCCAAGUGACGUACCGGGAGGCGUGUUGGCUGGGGUGAAGCGGAAGCGAUGACGCUGGACCAAUUUGUGGUUUGCUGGUCAUUUCGCAUUGGGAUUUUUGGACUGUUAUUACUCGCUACUCAUACGCAUCACGAACAUAUGUACUACGUUACGUUACUGGAUAUUUUCACCGCCUGUAUUCUAUCAUAUCAACUAAUCCAAUGCAUUGC